GUGUCACGUGACAGAGGUGACAGUUUGCUUUGCGGCUGAUGACGUGACAAACUGAACCCUCUGCUGCUAGCUAGCACUGGUUAGCAAGUUUGUUGACUUUUUUUAUUUCCUCAUUCCUCCUCGAAAUCAGAACAGCGACUCGAAAAUGGACAACAGCGGGAAAGAUAAGGAGGCAACAGCUCUAGUGGCUGAGGCAGACAAGAAAGUGAGGUCGUCGAACUCGUUUUUUGGAUCCAUGUUUGGGGGGUCCUCCAAGAAUGAAGAGGCCUGCGACAUGUACGUGAGGGCAGCCAACAUGUACAAAAUGGCCAAAAAUUGGUGUGCUGCAGGGAAUGCAUUCUCCCAGGCGGCUCAUCUUCACCUCCAGAUGCAGAGCAAACAUGAUGCAGCGACUAAUUUCAUAGAUGCUGGAAACGCCUUCAAAAAAGCAGAUCCACAAGAGGCCAUAAACUGCUUAAAUCGAGCUAUUGAGAUAUACACUGAUAUGGGGCGCUUCACCAUCGCAGCCAAACAUCACAUCACCAUCGCAGAAAUAUACGAGACAGAGCUGGUGGACAUUGACAAGGCCAUUGCUCAUUACGAACAGGCUGCAGAUUAUUACAAAGGAGAAGAAUCCACCAGUUCAGCAAACAAGUGCCUUCUGAAAGUAGCAACCUACGCAGCUCAGCUGGAGCAGUAUCCAAAAGCGAUCGAGAUCUACGAACAGGUUGGAACCCAUGCGAUGGACAGUACGCUCCUGAAAUACAGUGCCAAGGAUCACUUCUUCAAAGCAGCGCUCUGUCACUUUUGUGUUGACAUGCUGAAUGCGAAACUUGCUGUUGGGAAGUAUGAAGAAAUGUUUCCAGCUUUUUCAGACGCUCGAGAAUGCAAGCUGUUGAAGAAACUUCUAGAUGCCUAUGAAGAACAGAACGUGGAAGCCUAUACUGAUUCGGUGAAGGAAUUCGACACCAUCUCUCGGUUGGACCAGUGGCUCACGACCAUGCUCCUCCGCAUCAAGAAAACCAUACAGGACGACGAGAGCGACCUCCGCUGACUUCCCUCCCUGCUCACCCUCAAGCUCACAACAAGCGAUUUGCAUCCUUCUCUUUGCCUUGAGCCUAUCACUUACAUUCUAGUAGCCAUUUUAACUCUUUGAUCAUUAGCCCCUUUACUCUUUCACAGAUGCUGUGUUUUGUUCCUACCAUCUGCAGUAUUCCUCCUCCUCCUCCUUGCCUUUUCAAUCUGUUAAACUCAUUCUUACCCAAUUAUGGUCUUGAACACUACUUUCCUGAGUGCGUAAAGUAUAUAAGUUAUCUCUUGCUAUGAUUGCCCAAUAUAAGUUAGAAUAUUCCUGAUGGGCUGCAAUAAGAAUGAAACCAGCACUCUUCUAUAUAAUGAAGGUUUUAUUUGAUAUUCUUUUUGUUAUUUGGAUGAGAGGAUGCAAUCUUACUAACACUUUAAUCUACAAAAUCUAUUUUUCAGAGUGUGUGUCUAAUAAACUACACCAACCAAAAUGCCAUUGAAGCACUCUCAUUGGCGUUUAGUUGUUUUCAGUGCUCGAGUGUACUGUAAGUAUACUGUAGGUCAUAUCAGGGCACCUCUAAUUAAUCAGCGCUUCGUCUCACCUGCAGAGAGGCUGACCGUCUCUGAGCUUAUUCUGCGGGAAAUACCCCCACUGCCUUAUAAUGCAAAUUUUCUCAGGACGCAAAGAGCUAGAAUUGAAUCUGAAAAAAUUGACACUUUACAAAUGUUUCAAUGAAUUAGCUGAUUUUUUUUCUUUUCUUGUCAUUUCUGUUUAAAGUGCUUUUAUUCCUCAAAUGAAGGUGAAAGAAAACAAUCACCUGAGUGAACAGUUACAUGGAUUGGUGUGGAUGAGAAACUGGAGCAGCCAUUUUCCUCUGCAUUGAAUUUUUUUUUUGUUUUUUUUCUCUCAUGUAUGUUUUUGUGGUUGUCUGGUUUGCCUCUUCAUGUUGUAACUACCCAGGCAUUUAAAAUGUACAUUGUUUUAAAAAGCCUGCACGAGAUGCAAUACAUCAAAGAUUUAAAAAAAGAAAAAGAAAAGGAGCUUUACUGAUCUGAACACUGUGUUCAUGUACCCUCAUGAUGUUGUCAAAUAGUCUUAAAUGAUUUGUACAUUUGUGGUAUUUGCUGUCAAACGUUUGAAUAAAGCUGUCUCACACCACAGCA